AUGAUUAAUGGCGCACCUGUGAUUUUCAAAUCGAAGAUGCAGCAGAGCGUGGCACUGAGCACGGCAGAAGCAGAGUAUAUGGCACUUUCUCUGUGUGUGCAGGAGGUUCUGUGGACAAGAAGUCGACCCAAGGAGAUGCAAGUGCAGAUUAACUAUGCUGUCACAAUUCACGAAGACAACCAGAGUGCAAUCGCUAUCGCUAAGAACGACGGCUAUCAAACUCGAGCGAAACAUAUCGACACCAGAUACCAUUUUGUGCGCAAACAGGUGAAAGACAAGAUUAUCGACCUGCAGUUUACUGAAAUCAAGUCACAGCAGGCAGAUUUUCUGCCCAAAAUCGAUUUCGACAAAGAAGUUUGA